CGAUCAACUUUCUAAAUUACAAUGAAGAAUUCACCACUAACAGUACUCUCUAUCAUUCUCUUUACCUUCAUCACGAAAACAUUAAGGGCGGCGAAUACACCAGUGCUCGAUCUCACCGGCGAGAUGGUCGUUACAGGCACUGAAUACUAUAUGCUAGGAAUAUUUGAGGGACCAGUGAUACAUGGAGGCCUAAAUCUAUACAAUGGCUUAAGCAACACCUGCCCACUGGAUGUAAUUCAAGAACAGUGGGAAAUUUUAAAGGGUCUCCCUUUAAUAUUUUCAUAUCCUAAUGAUCGUCGAGGAAGUGUUGUUUAUGAAUCCACUGAUCUAAACAUCAAAUUUUCUGCGGCGGAUAGUACUUGUUUCCAGCCAACAGUGUGGAGAGUCGGUGACUAUGACAAUUUAACGGGGCAGUGGUUUAUAACUGGUGAUGGGAUUGAAGGAAAUCCUGGAGCUCAAACAUUGGAAAGCUGGUUUAAAUUUCAGCGGGGGAAUGUCAAUGCAUACAAGAUUUCUCAUUGUCCUGCAGUUUGUAGCUCCUGUAUAAGUUUGUGUAGCGCUGUUGGGAUUUAUUUAGGUGAUGGCAUAAGACGUCUGGCUCUAAGUCGCACUCCAUUUUCAAUUGUGUUUGUCAAGGGAAGUAAUGCUACAAACUAGUUUAAUUUGGUUGAUCAAUCUAAUUUUAUUAAUAUUCAAUUCACGUAACUAGUAGCAUGUAACAUGUAUUCUCGGUAGAUUUAUUUAAGAAACUCCUUUUCAUUCUUAAUAUGAAAUUUUUUUUUUUAUACAAUAUGAUGAAAUACAACAAACCAAUGGAAGAGUAAGUGUAUUCCACUCACAUUGAUGUGACAUCUUCUUAUUGAUUUAUUGUAUUGCAACAUAUUGUAUUGAAGACUUUCUCAUAUCAUAUAUAGUAUUUGCUCAACUUGGUAGAUCAUAGGUCUCCUAUACAUAAUUUGGUUCAAAUUGUACAUAGCCUGAUUUUGAAACAAGAAAAAGUCAAAUAAUUUUAUAUAAAAUUUUAUUAAUUAUCUAAUUAGAACAAAUAGAGAGUAAGAGAGGCAGAAAAUAGAGAGAAACUGUGGGCAACCGAAAAUAGAGAGUAAGAGAGGCAGAAAAGCUGGGUUUUGGUGGAUUGGAGAAUCUGAUUGAGCCGAAAUUUUGUCAGUAUGCUCGUGACUCGUAGUUCUUCAAUCUGAACGGCCGGAUUUUCAUUUGGAGCUCCCUGUGUCAGGUUUUCUGUCCUACAUUUGGUGAGAUUUAUCCUUAAUUAUUUCUUGUGAAAUUCCAUUGUGAUACUAAGAUUGUGGUUCUUGAUGAUAGUGUUGUUGUAUGUGUCUAGUUUUAGCUAGAGAAGAACACUGUAUACCCAUUAUUCAUUUAAUAUUGGAGUUUUUUAGGGGAUUCUGGUCCCGUUGUUUUUUACUCCUCGCACAAAAGAGUUUUUCCACGUUAAAAUUGACUUGUGUUUGUGUAUGUGACUGGUGUUGUGAUAUUUCAGUUGAUACAUUGUAUUACGUUAUUGCUUCCUAUUAGGAUUACGUUAGAGA